UACACCUGUGAGAGUUGGAGCAGAGCCCAGUUAGAAUCAGCACUGGGGUUGCAAGCUGGCCGACGGACCUCAACUGGUGGGAAGAUGGUUUUCUCCCACAGGGGCUUGAUCCUGAAACCAGGGGUGCUUUGUUCAAAGAACAAAUCGGGGUGGCUGAGGUUCUGACCCAGUACCUGAAAUCAGCGAUGAAUUGGAUGUAGGUGAGCAAACUGAAAUUAAUCCAGCCUGCCUAAUUUAAAGAUGAAUUAUUCUCAAACAGAGGGAGAAGAAAAAGUACCGAACGAUGAGCUGGAAUGCAAAAUCUGUUACCAGAAGUUUAACAUCCAGAGCCGCAAACCCAAAAUCUUGGACUGCCUUCACAGAGUGUGUGCGAAAUGCCUGACAAAAAUCCUCCAUGUGGGAGAUGGCUCCCAUUGCAUUUGCUGCCCCUUCUGCCGCCACAAGACAGAGCUGCAGGAAGAGGAAGUGGAGGGCCUUCCUGACGACGCAAACAUCAUGUCCAAACUCAUAACAAAAGACAAAACAGCAUGGAGCUCGGACUGCAAAGAAGUUGUCCUGACGCCAAAGAACUUGGCUUCCUCCAGUCCUUCUCAUGGGUCAUCAAACUGUUUGGUGAUUACCAUCAUGGAAGUACAGAGAGACUCCACAAGGACGCCAAGCCAGAACACCCUCUCGGAUUACUACACAGAUCACAGCCUUGACUCGGCAUCUGUGAACUCUCACAGCCACCUGGAUCAAGAUCUUUUCUCUAAGCUCUGUAACCAUGUCCCCAGAAUACUGGUGUGGUUGCUUGGAUUUUUCUAUUUUGGUUCUUUGCCACUUGGAAUCUAUUUAUUGGUGAUUCAGAAAGUGACCCUUGGAAUUGUCUGUGUCAGUCUCGUGCCAUCCAGUCUAACUGUGUGCCUUGUGUAUGGCUUCUGUCAAUGUCUUUGCCAAGGAAUGUGUGACUGUUCCUCUAGAAACUAAUUUUUUUAAAAAACUGAAUUUUGGAUAUUGGCACUAUAGACCUUCAAAUGUAUAGGCUAUUUAAAGCCUACUGUGGAUUUUUUAAAUAUAUAUAUAUAUAUCAGUAGCCAAAAAUGAGACAUCUAUAUUUAGAUGUUCCUAACAUUCCAUCCCACUCUCCCAACAGGUAGCCACACUUUAGUGUGACCAACGAACAAAACCCAGAGGGGUUAAUGGCUUUGACAGAGUUCUCCAGGGCAUAGCUGUAGGAUCCCAUAAGGGAUAUAUCUGAUAGAAGGCAAAAUUCUUUGUCUCACUAGGGGCUAUUUAGCUUCCAUCACAAUGUUCACAAUCCUGACAGGGCCAAGCACCACUGAGAGGCCCCCAGGAGAAUAGUGUCCCUCCCUCCCUCCACCUCCUAGAAGCUGUGGAGGCAAAAGAGUAUUCCACCCCCAGCACUUUUUCCAUCCCAAAAGUCCAGCUUUUGAGGGAAAAGAGAUGAAGGUAUUUCUUUUUUGCUUCCUCGGAGGCCGGAGACUAAAUUUGGCUUAUGAAAGAGGGGACAGCAUUUGGAAGGAGAGAUAUGGCCUUGCUUCUUGUUCUGCUUCAACAAGGGCUUCAACAAUGGACAGGAAGCGGAAGAAGAGGAAAUUGAAGGUGAACAGCGGGACUGGGAAAGGACUGGCACUAUCACGCUAUCUCCCCUGUCAAACUAGAUGAUCCUGUAGCUAGGAUGAAAUAAAAAUGCAGAUCUGAAGAACAGACUAGGUGAAAUGGUAUUGCAAAUCUAUUCCUCAACCUGUCUAGAAUUUGUGUAUUUUGAGACGGGGAUGCCAAAUCAAACAUGAUGGAACUAGAGUGUGUAUACUUAUAUAAA